CAGCACAGAGCACCCAGGCAGGAGUGUUUUUAGAGCCUUCAUCAUCUUCAUCUCUACCAACUUUUUGCUCCCCUUUCAUUCGUGCAUGCUGUCCUUCAUUGUCAUUGCUAGGCAACUGGGAAUGCUGACAUGCCUGCGCCCUAGUUCCACCCCCUUUGUCCAGCGACGACAGGCUCAGCGUUGGCCCCGUGCUGCACAUCCCUGCGGACCUUGAUCUUGGGAUGGAAGUCCUCCUCAUCAUUGGUGUCUUCAUCUGACCAAGGGCUAAACCUGCACUCUGUGAUCUGGCAGUGGGCAUGACUAAACGCUGGCAGCAUUUCUGAAGGAAAUUCUUUCUAAUCCCUGAGCUUCGACUGCUCACUGCUGCCUUAGAAAGUGCCUUGUGAAAAGCUCUCCAGAGCUGGAAAUACUGCAGUCCCCCUCGUAUGGAGCAGAGGAGGGGGACUUUCUCUCAACCACCGAGGAGGCUCUUUUGUCUGUCCAGCGGAGGAGAAAGAUCUGACCUGAUGAAUGCAUAACUGCCCAAAAAUAAGCUUAUGUAAUAGAUAUUUGCAUGGACGUUCCUCCUUGGUCAAGGGAUAACUUUUGCUCUUCGUUUGACUUUAUUCACUUUUCAUUGAAAUGCCCUGAUUGAAGUGUACAAAGCUGAAAGGCAGCAGGAUGAAUGUAGAUGAUAAUGUGGAGGAAUCGACCAGGAAUAGAUUUGGGUCCCCAUUGCUCUACGAUGAUGAUGGUAAUGGGAAUGUUAAUGCCGUUAAGAUUCCCAAGUAUUCGAACUGUGAACCAAAUCUAAAUUCCAGUGCUCCCGCUAUUGCUAUCAGAUAUGGUGAUGGUAAUGAUUCUAUGCUUAAGGAUCGCAAUGGAGUGGAGCUGGGGGAAAGUGUGGACCAUCUAAAAAACACGCAUGAUGACAGUAUGACGUUACACCAAAUUGAAUUUGACGAAACUGUGGAUUAUGUCAAUAAGGAAUCUUCUGAAAAAAUACUUUUAUACCCCAGUAAGGUCUUUUUACCUCCACAACAUGAAUCCACACACAAUGGCCGUAUGGCAGAAACAAUAAGUUUGGAUACAAACACAUUCGAUUUUGAGGAAACUGUGGAUUAUAAGGAAUCCUUUAACAUUCCCAGUACGAUCCCUUUGUCAACACCACAGGAAUUCACCACACAUCCCAAUUCUUUAAAAUAUGAGCACAGUAGUUUGAAUGCUGACAAGUCUAUGCCUUAUAUACAAAAGACAAAUGAAGCACAAUAUAGGAAGAUGGAGUCUUCAAGGACUUCACAGUUCACUGUAAAGAAAACUGAUGAACCCUGUAAGAAUGUUCUGAAGGAACAGGUAGAGAUGGGUGCCCUUUUUUCCAAACAAAAAGACUCAGAGCUACCAACAAUGAGUUUGUUUUUUAUGUCAUGGGACUCCAUUAAUGCAGAAUGUAUGAGGAAAAACAGUGUUUCUAGUGGCUCUGAAAAGCCAUUGAGUGCUUCUUUACUGGAAAGUUCCAUGUUACCAAAUGCCACCACGGAAGUGUUUUCAGAGUCCUUGAAGUGGUUAAACAGUAUCCCUGGCAGCUAUCCAAAUGAUGAACAGCCCACUAAGGACUUGAGUUAUUUUGAAGUGCCUCCACAUAAUAGAGAUUCCAAAGAAAGGGUGCUCAACAAUAUGGGUGCAGAAUUUAUAGAACAUGUAACAGACACAGACGUGACCACUAGCAAUACCCCCAAAGAAGCCAACAAACCUGAUAACCAAGUUCUAAACGUUGGCCCAGUCAUGAAAAUUAAGGAUUCAAACAAAAAUAACUUGUGUUCUGCUCCUUGUACCGAAGAAGCCAUAAUUCCAGUUCUACGUAUAGAGGAAACUGACCUUGACACACAAAAUGUAAAUGGUGUCCAUGCUGAAGACACUGGCUCUGUUAAAUCCUCUUGUGGAACACAGUCUUUAAGCUCAGAGUUAACUAACUUAACUGGGAACAACUGUGAGGAUACUUUCUUAAUUGAAAGUCCUUGUUCACAAACUGGUGCUAAGACGUACACUUCCACGCCUCUGCCAGAGUCAAAAAACAUGACUUUCUGUGUUCCAGUGAUAGAGGAUAUUGGACAGAUUGAUAUACCCAAAAAUCCAGAUUCUAUAAGGGACUUUUACCAGGAAAGUGCUGUAGACGUCGCUAAAUCUUGCAUCGGGAAUGUUAUAGCCAAACAAGCUAAUAGGAAAACUGUCACAAUACCGUCUGUUCCAAAGGCCAAGAAAAACGAAGUGGUGAACUUUCCCAAACCCAAUUUUAAAAAUGUAAAGGCAAAAGUGCUGAGUAGACCUGCAUUAAUCACAAAGGAUUGUCCUUCAACCUUUUCUAAAUUUUCUCCAAGGUCUCCGCAGUCUCAAUCUAAUGUAUCUUCACCUGUAGCAUCACCUCGGGCCCCUGCUUCUGCCAUCAAAACACUGAAGAAAAAACCUGUUCCUGAUCAGGACCUGAAAACAGAAUCUGCUAUUGCUAAAUCUCAGAAGCAACCAAUUAAUAGACAGAUCUUCCCAGGCCAACCUGCACAUGCCCCAACCCAUACUAAGUAUGCUUUAGGUAAAGCUCCCAGAACGGCUGUUUUGAAGCAGUCGCAGGAUGAGAUUGAGAGAGCAAGUUCGUCAAAUUCAACACGCUCCUCUGGAUCAGCUGCUAUCUUAACCUGCACAACCAGCUCCAGAGUGACAGACAAGGCAAAGACCAUUUCAAAGACUUCUGCUGUGAAUGGUGAACACAUGGGGCCAGAUAAAACCAAGCAGAAUGGCAUUAUAGAUGCUCCAUAUGAAAAAACUGAAUUCCAGAAAGAAGAUGGCACUUCUGGUGAUCCAUUUAGCAACGUAUCAUCAUUUUCUACAAGGAUAGCCACUCCAAGCAAGAAUUUACAUAAGGAGCUAUUGUCCUGUCUGAAAAGUACAACGUCUCAAGUCUCUACGGUAAAAGCAAGACUUUAUUCUGCCGAACUCAGACGGGGAAGUCUUCCGAAAAAUGUGGUCACUCUCAGAGUGUCAUCUCCUCCUAGGGCAAACCAGCAAUCAAGUGUUGGUAAGAGCCUUGGUAAAAAUGCCGUACGUUCCCUCAGUGCUCUGAAGAGUUUAGCAUAG